ACAUACGCCGCCUACAACACCAACACACAAUGGAUUACGGCAACGACGGCAACUACUCGAAUACCUCCUACGGUGGCCAGGGCGGCGCAGGUGGCGGAGGCUUCAUACCCGGCGAAGGAAGUCAGAACAGUCCAGGCAGCGCGUCAAAGGGAUACGGCAAAGACACCUUAAGGCCGGUUACCAUCAAGCAGAUCAACGACGCGAAGAACACCCAAGAGUCAGACUUCACUAUCGAUGGCGCCGAGAUCUCGCAGAUCACGUUUGUCGGCCAGAUUCGCAACAUUUCCCAACAGACAACCAACAUCACCUACAAGUUCGACGAUGGCACUGGCCUAGUAGAGGUCAAGCAGUGGAUCGACUCCGACGCGGCCAACCCUCUAGAACCGGCCGACGGCUCGCCCCCAAAGCUUGUCGAGAAUGCUUACGCAAGAGUCUGGGGAAAGUUGCGGUCUUACGGCGGCAAGAGACAUGUCGGUGCGCACAUCAUCCGGCCCAUUGUCGACUUGAACGAAAUCUCCUACCACCUGCUCGAAGCCACUGCCGUCCACCUCUACUUCACCCGUGGACCGCUGGGAUCAGAGGGUAAACCGGCGAUCAACGGCAACUCAAACACUACAUAUGAUGAUGGUCAGAACAACAGCGGUAGGAAGCUUCCGCCUAUGAGUGCAGCAGAGCGCAAGGUCUACGAAAUCCUACGCACUGCACCACAAGGCAACGAGGGCUUGCACAUGCAGGAGAUUGCAUCGAGGACUAAUCUGGAUAUGGCGGAUAUUGCUAAGGCAGGUGACAACUUGCUGAAUUCGGGUGUGAUUUACACCACCGUCGAUGACACUACUUGGGCAGUUCUUGAAUUUUCUUGAUUCCGAGUUCGGGGAUGCAACAAUUGUACUGAUGGCGCUGGCGGUUCGAAAAAGGCACAGAGGGAUGGGGAGUAUGCGAUUUGGGGCUCCACUGGACCAAGAUGGCCCAUUAGCCUGAUCUACUUACCAGCACCAGUGGAGAGAAAUAGAAUGCAUGCUGCAACAAUGGCAGUUGC